AUGGUCCACCUGUCAGAGGGAGUUAGAGAUGAUGCCCUAUCACUGACAGUUGUUAAUGUCCUUAAUGGCAGCUAUUUUCAGAUCCAAGAGGGUCUCUCUCCUAAUCAUCUGAAGAAGGCCAAGCUCAUGUUUUUCUACACCCGCUACCCAAGCUCUAAUAUGCUCAAGAUGUUCUUCUCUGAUGUCAAGUUUAAUCGCUGCAUAACCUCGCAGCUGAUCAAGUGGUUCAGCAACUUCAGGGAGUUCUACUACAUCCAGAUGGAGAAGUUUGCCCGCCAGGCCAUCAACGACGGAGUCACUGGAACUGAGGAGUUGAGCGUCAGCCGCGACUGCGAGCUCUUCCGAGCCCUUAACAUGCACUACAACAAGGCCAACGACUUUGAGGGAUAG